AUGGCUGUCAUCAAUCAGGUCCUCGUCGAGGUCUCGCGCUUCGUCGUACGACAGGCUCAGGACUCAUCGUCCCUGCCUCCCUCGGCCGCCCCCACCAUGGCAUCCUCAACACCAUCCAUCGAGACUUCAACAGCGAUACCGACUACUACCACUGAUUCUCAGGCUACUGGCACUCCGACUGGUAACAGCGGCGGAGGCGGAGGAGGUGGAGGAGGUGGUGGCGGCGGUGGUUCCUCGAGCUCCCCGUUGCUCUUCUUCGUUGCUCUUGGUUUUGGUGUAGUAUUCACCAACCUUUGGAUCAUCGUCGGUGUCAAAUACUGCUUCCGCUACAACGCCCGUAACCGUGCUAUGCGUCUCAAUGAAGAUGGCGAGCCUAUCAACCUUGAAAACAUGCCUCGCCCACAUCGUCGUCGUCGCGAGAAGAAGCUGAUGACGAUGGACGAGGUCAACGACAAGUUUCCGAUGAUGAAGUACAAAGCCUGGGUGUCCGAACGUGCGAGAGAAGGUCUGCCUACGGCUGGAGGUGUUUCCGCCCCGCCGAGUCGAGCAAACAGCGUUCAAUCUGUCGAAGGCAUCAUACCCGAGCUGCCCUCCAAGGAGCGGGAAUCCACUGAUGACCGUCCCGCCACCGCCACCGCAAACAAAGCUACUGCUUCCGAAAAGCCGACCGAGGACGCAGCUAAGAAGGAGGCCGAUAAGCCAACUGUAAACGCCAACGCCGACGCUCAUGUGCAAUCUCCCACAUCUGCAACACCUCUUCAACGUGUUCAUAGCGAGGAGGACGACGAGGACGAUGAGCACAUUAAUGCCGCUCUGCCACCUGAGUUGAUGGCUACCAGCGGCGACACCUGUGCCAUCUGCAUCGAUACGCUAGAGGAUGAUGAUGACAUUCGUGGGCUUACUUGUGGUCACGCAUUUCACGCUGUCUGUGUUGACCCCUGGCUUACGAGCCGCCGAGCCUGCUGCCCGCUCUGCAAAGCCGACUACUAUACCCCUAAGCCUCGCCCAAACCCUGAUGGCGACGCCAAUGCUACUGGCGACAUGGCCCGGACGGCCAGUCGUACAAAUAUGCCCAACGCUCCACCUGCCGCUUGGUAUAGCCUUAGCGGCCGUGUGGGCUUAGGCGGACGGAACAGAGGCAACCGUCAGAAUAACGACCGCUCUAACCGUCGUCGCCGCCCACGACAGCAAGCUGUCUCUACUGCGGCCCCAACCACUCCACAAUCACCGCCAGUCACUGAGAACCAGGAGUCUCGUGGUCUGCUCUCAAGUAUUAGGAUGUCUGCUUUCCGUAAUCCCCUUCGCCGUGGCGAUCAGACUCAGUCCGAUUCUCCCACUGCAUCUGGUGCGAAUGUCACCCCGUCUCAACUCGAGGCUGGCACUCAAACCGCACCGGCACCCGCUGCCGCUACCACGGAGGCGCGGUGA